UCCACGCGCACUCAUGGCUAUCUGAGGGUAACAGAACAUUUUGUGACACUAGCAGAUGCGCAAAGAGAGAAACACGGCGACUCUGGAUUUAUCACUCAGUUAACUGGUCCUUUUAAAUCAACCAGGCUUUUCUGAUAUUUUCCACAGAGCGAACGCUGAAUCCAAACAGAUCAAAAUGAUGACCAAACCAUUUGGGAAGAGCGGGGAUGUGAGUGAGCUGGUGAGCUCCCUCGGCUGGCUUGAGGAGGACGGUAGCUCACAGGAUGGAGAGGAAAGCCCAGAGAUGAGGGGGCGCCACAUCCUGAGUGUAGGGGGCAGGAUCCGCUCCAGCACAGAAUUGGGCAGUGAGGAUAUGGAGGAGGAAGAAGAAGAGGAUGAUGAGGAGGAGAUGGGACCAAAUGGAGAAGAGGCUCCCAAAAGGAGAGGCCCCAAGAAGAAGAAGAUGACCAAAGCUAGACAGGAGAGGUUUCGUGCCCGGCGGGUUAAGGCCAAUGCCAGAGAACGCUCCCGUAUGCACGGGCUGAAUGAUGCCCUGGAUAAUCUUCGCAGAGUUAUGCCCUGCUACUCCAAGACACAGAAGCUGUCAAAAAUUGAGACUCUACGGCUGGCACGCAACUACAUCUGGGCCCUGUCGGAGGUGCUUGAGACUGGCCAAUCCCCAGAGAGCCAUGGCUUUGUGGAGAUGCUGUGUAAAGGUUUGUCUCAGCCCACCAGUAACCUUGUGGCUGGCUGCCUGCAGCUGGGACCCAGCCCGAUGAUGCUCAACAAGCUGGAGGACAAGUGUGGAGGCCCCGGGGUGGGUGGUGUGGGGGGUCAGGCUGGCCAUCCCCUCAGCUACCCAUCCGCAGGCCUUCCCAGCCCCCCCUAUGGUUCCCUGGAGGCAUCACACCUCCUCCACAUGAAGGGAUUCAAGGGGCCUGUGUACGACAACCCCUCCCCAAACGAAUGCAGCAGUGGCACCCCACCGUACGACGGGCCCCUCACCCCUCCCCUCAGCAUCAGCGGCAACUUUGCCCUGAAGCAGGAGCCUUCUCCACACGAUUCAGAGAGGAACUACACGCCCCGUCCCGGCCAUCAUGCCCACUACCUCUCAUCACACCAUUAUCCUACUACCACAGCCGGCGGCCUCCCAGGUGGGCCCCAGGGUCACCCACUCUUUCAGGCUUCACGUUACGAGCUGCCCCUGGAUGUGGCCUUUGACUCCUUCACUCCCUCUCACUUGGUCACCUCUCAGAUGGGUACCAUUUGAAAUGAGACCAUGAGGAAUUGAGAGGACAUGUGACUGACUGAUAUGAAACCAGCCAGGGAACAAGCACUGCUCCUGAAUAAACUGCUGUAAAAAACAAUGGCCAAGGUAAUGACUGUAUAGAAAAAAUGGUUUGCAUUUAUGUUGUCUAGUACUCUGGGAGAGCACUGAACGCUCAGAGAAAGAGAGACUCAUCACCUCAACUCAAUCUACCUGAUACGAAACAUGCACCCAUAACUUUUAAUAUUUUAUUUAUUCUUUUUUGUCAUGAUUAUAUGUUGAUAUUUGGAUUAUAAUUAUUUCUGAAUAAGUUGCCCCAUCAGUUGUUGCAGAGUGGAACUAAAGAUUAGCUUACCAAAUGAGAUAUCCACCCGUAGGCAUCACACAGAUGUCUCGAGUGAAGGUUUUGAACAAAAAUAUGAAAAUUGUCUUAGAUGUUCUGCAUGUCUACAUAUCAAAAAAGAAAGGAAAAAAAGAGAUUGAAGUCAUCCAACCUAAAUUGUGCACUGAGGCCUACAGCCAAUGUCCCUCUCGCCAUAUGAAAAGCAAUGGAUUUAUUUAUAUCUGUAUUUAAUAUUUAUUUUGAUAAGGUCUUGUCUUUUUUUAAAAAUAUUUUUCUCAGCACAGUUUUUGUUUCACUGUUUUCUUGGUUUGUUGUCAAGUCACUGGCAGCUGUAUGGUAUUUAAAUUAUUUAUUUGAGGUCUUUCAGGAACAUGUUCAUUUGGUGUCACAAUUUUUGUCAUGCUGUACUGUUGUAAAUAUUUUGCUGUUUCGCACUUAAUUGAAUAAAUAUUCUUA